AUGGAGCCUUCAGGCAGGUGCACUCUUGAAGAAGUGAUGCGGAAUUCCUCUCUCGUGAACUCUCUCGAAAAGCUCAGUCUGCAAGUUGACCAAUCCCCAGAGUUCGUGGAUACAGAAGGCCAGAUUGCGAGUCUUGUUGCGAGGCUCCAAAACUUACCUACCAAUCCACCAUCUUUAUAUAUCGAUCUCGAGGGGAUCAAUCUCUCACGGCACGGUAGCAUUUCGAUCUUACAAAUAUAUGUUCUUCCGCACAAAGAAACCUAUAUAGUCGAUAUAUAUAGCCUCCAGGAAAAGGCCUUUCUACAAACGGCUUCUGGAAAAGAAGACCAGACUCUACUCGGUAUCUUGGAGUCACCACAUAUUCCCAAGGUCUUCUUCGAUGUUCGAAACGACUCGGAUGCACUUUUUAGCCACUUCAACGUUAAACUUGCUGGGGUCAUUGACCUUCAACUAAUGGAACUAGCAACCAGCUUGUUCCCAAGAAGAUAUGUCAGUGGCCUGCUAAAAUGCAUUGAGCGAGAUGCUCUGCUUACAACCCAUGAAUUGCAAUUUUGGAAGGCAUCAAAAGAAAAGGGGCUAAAGCUAUUUGCUCCUGAACAUGGCGGAAGUUACGAUGUGUUCAAUGUGCGCCCUCUUCCGGAUGACGUUCUGGAAUAUUGUGUGCAAGAUGUCAAAUUUCUGCCUAGACUAUGGGUCCAAUACAACCAGAACAUAUCCCGGUCUUGGGCUGAGAAAGUCACAACGGAAACGUUAAAUAGAGUCAAACACUCUCAAACAGCCACCUACGAUGGAAAGGGCCGAUGGAAAGCUCGAGUGCCUGUCGGUUGGUGGUAG